AUGGCGGUUCUGCUGGAGACCACUUUGGGCGACGUCGUCAUCGACCUGUACACCGAGGAGCGGCCGCGCGCCUGCUUGAAUUUCCUGAAGUUGUGCAAAAUAAAAUACUACAAUUAUUGCCUUAUUCACAAUGUACAGAGGGAUUUUAUCAUACAAACUGGUGAUCCUACAGGGACUGGUCGUGGAGGAGAGUCUAUUUUUGGUCAACUGUAUGGUGAUCAAGCAAGCUUUUUUGAGGCAGAAAAAGUGCCAAGAAUUAAGCACAAGAAGAAAGGCACUGUGUCCAUGGUGAACAAUGGCAGUGAUCAGCAUGGAUCUCAGUUUCUUAUCACUACAGGAGAAAAUCUAGAUUACCUCGAUGGUGUUCAUACAGUGUUCGGUGAGGUGACAGAAGGCAUGGACAUAAUUAAGAAAAUUAAUGAGACCUUUGUUGACAAGGACUUUGUACCAUAUCAAGAUAUCAGGAUAAAUCAUACAGUGAUUCUGGAUGAUCCAUUUGAUGACCCUCCUGAUUUAUUAAUUCCUGAUCGAUCACCAGAACCCACAAGGGAGCAAUUAGAUAGUGGUCGAAUAGGAGCAGAUGAAGAAAUUGAUGAUUUCAAAGGAAGAUCAGCUGAAGAAAUAGAAGAAAUAAAGGCAGAAAAAGAAGCCAAAACUCAAGCUAUUCUUUUAGAGAUGGUGGGAGAUCUACCUGAUGCAGAUAUUAAACCUCCUGAAAAUGUGCUAUUUGUGUGUAAAUUGAAUCCAGUAACCACAGAUGAGGAUCUGGAAAUAAUAUUCUCAAGAUUUGGGCCAAUAAGAAGUUGUGAGGUUAUCCGCGAUUGGAAGACAGGAGAGUCCCUCUGUUAUGCUUUUAUUGAAUUUGAAAAGGAAGAAGACUGUGAGAAAGCAUUCUUCAAAAUGGACAAUGUACUUAUAGAUGACAGAAGAAUACAUGUGGAUUUUAGCCAGUCUGUUGCAAAAGUUAAAUGGAAAGGAAAAGGUGGGAAGUACACCAAGAGUGAUUUUAAGGAGUAUGAAAAGGAGCAGGAUAAACCGUCUAAUUUGGUUCUGAAAGAUAAAGUAAAGCCCAAACAGGAUGCAAAAUAUGAUCUUAUACUAGAUGAGCAGGCAGAAGACUCAAAGUCAGGUCACUCACACACAAGUAAAAAACACAAGAAGAAAACCCGUCACUGCUCUGAGGAAAAAGAAGAUGAGGACUACAUGCCAAUCAGAAAUACUAAUCAGGAUAUCUACAGGGAAAUGGGGUUUGGUCACUAUGAAGAAGAAGAAAGCUGUUGGGAGAAACAAAAGAUUGGAAAGAGAGAUCGACCUCAGAACAGAAGUCGUAGCCGAUCUCGAGAAAGGGAUGGUCACUAUAGUAACAGUCACAAAACCAAAUACCAGACAGAUCCUUAUGAAAGAGAAAGGAGUAAAAAGAGAGACCGAAGCAGAAGUCCAAAAAAAUCCAGAGAUAAAGAAAAAUCUAAGUACAGAUGAAAGAUGAAGAAUUAGAAACGAGUGGCUAACAUAUUUACUUUUGUUUAACUUAGAAUAUCAGGAAAGCAGAUGUUCAAAUUUUGUGUCAAAGCAGUUAAAGACUCUGCUUGUUCUUUUUUUUUUUUUUCCACACUAGGGUUAUGGCCCUUUCAGAUUAAAACUGGUUUUUAUAGGCCACUGAAAGACAAGAGUUCGAUAUUUUCUUUGUACAUUUUUUAUACUAAUUUUAUUGUUAUGUAUAAAUGGUAGUCUUCAUUUUUAAAGUUUUUCUCAUUUUCACUUUUUUUAAAUAAAGUAUUCCAUACUACAAAAAUACAUAAACAUGUAUAUAUAAGAUUUAAGGAAUAAUACGUAUAAAUAUGUGUACCCAUCAGCCAGCUUAAGAAAUAGAAUAUUAUCUACAUUUUAGAAGUCCCUUAUGUGCCCUUUUCCUGUCGAGUAAUUAUUAUUCAGAAUUUUAUGUUUAUCAUUUUCUUGCUCGUUAUAGUUUUCCAACAUUUGUGUUUAUCCCUAAAUGGAAUGUUGUUAAUUUUGUAUGUUUUUGAAUUUAUAUAAAUGGAAUAAUGUAUGUUUA